AAAAAAAAAUUAUUCAGAGAUCGAACUAGUAGAAUUAAUUUCUUUCAAUUUCGAUUUCGAUAAGAAAUUAGUUAGGAUAUGAGGAAAUUAAGGUUAAUAUUAAUGAUAAUUAAUAUUAUUAUUAUUAUUAUAUUAUUGAGAGGUGAAAUAUUAAUAUUAGGUCAGAGUGAGAGUGAGAGUGAGAGUCCUCCAUACAAAGCAGUGAAUUUGGGAGCAUGGCUUGUGGCUGAAGGAUGGAUGACUCCCUCCCUCUUCGAUUCCAUUCCCAACAAGGAUCUUCUUGAUGGAACUCAAAUCCAACUCAAGUCGACGAGGCUAAAUAUGUAUCUUUGCGCCGAAAAUGGGGGUGGCUCGGCUUUGGUCGCCAAUCGGAGUAGCCCAUCCGGUUGGGAAACUUUUAGGUUGUGGAGAAUUAAUGAAAAUACGUUCAACUUGAGAGUGUUCAACAAAGAUUUUAUUGGUCUAACGAGUUACGGGGAUGGUAAGAAGGCAUAUGCAAGAGUAUCGCGACCAGGGCCGAAUGAAACCUUUGUUAUUACAAGAAACAACAAUAACAAUCGAGUCCGGAUUCGUGCCCAUAAUGGCCUUUAUUUGCGGGCAUGGACGGGUGACUCAGUGAAGGCCGAUUAUGGAGGAAGCCUAGACGAUUGGAGCGACCAAAAUCCGUCGGUGUUCCAAAUGACAAUUGUCGGAUCAUUACAAGGCGAGUAUCAAUUGACUAAUGGCUAUGGCCCGGAUAAAGCUCCCGCGGUGAUGAAGAAUCAUUGGAAUACAUACAUAACGGGGAGUGACUUCAAAUUCAUGUCGGAAAAUGGGCUGACAGCUGUAAGAAUUCCGGUGGGGUGGUGGAUUAUGUACGGCCAAAAUCCACCAAGGCCAUUCGUUGGGGGCUCCUUGGAGGCGCUCGACAAUGCCUUCACAUGGGCUGAGCAAUACAGAAUGAAGGUAAUAAUAGACCUCCAUGCAGCUCAAGGAUCACAAAACGGCAACGACCAUAGCGCAGCAAGAGAUGGAUAUAUAGAGUGGGGCCCAUCCUACAUUCCCCAAACCGUAGCCUGCAUUGAUUUUCUAGCUAACAGAUACGCCAGCCGGCCGGGCUUAGCGGCCAUCGAGCUAAUGAACGAGCCGUUAGCACCCGGCGUCACAUUCGACGACUUAACAAAUUUUUACAGACAAGGAUACGCAGCAGUUAGAAAAUACACGUCAAAUGCUUACGUCAUAUUGUCGAAUAGAUUGGGCCCCGCUAGCAACUCCGAGCUUCUUCCCCUCGCCAACGGCUUCUCCCGAGUUGUAAUAGACGUGCAUUAUUACAAUCUUUACUCGGAUUAUUUCUCGUCUCUAAGUGCACAACAAAACAUUGAUUACAUUUAUAACGAAAGGGCGAGAACGUUGCGGGAAGUUACUCCUUCUAACGGCCCUUUGAGUUUCGUUGGAGAAUGGUCGGGAGAAUGGGCCGUGCAAAAUGCACCGAUGCAAGAGUACCAAAGAUAUGCACGUGCGCAAUUGGACGUGUACGGAAGGGCGACAUUUGGAUGGGCUUAUUGGGCUUAUAAAUGUCAAUAUAAUCAUUGGAGUCUUAAAUGGAUGAUCGAGAAUAACUACAUUAAGCUCUAGUAAUUAUGAAAUUAUCAUAAUUUUAUGUAAGAACGGACAAUAUUUGAAAUGACCUCUUUUCUUUUUUAUGGAUUUCAAUAAAAUGCUUGCAUCAAUCAUAUUAGUUAAA